AUGAAUAUCGAACCAGAAUCGUGCUCGCCAUGCCCGAGCGUGAAAAGAAAAAUAUUUUUGAAUCGGGGCCUUUCACGACAUUCAAGCAUUUGUGUGUCAAGUAGUUCACUUAGACAGCAGAUAAAUGUUCGUGUGAAUAUUGUAGCAAACACACAACAAGAAGAUGAUGAACUGAGUGAGAAGAAAUAUACGUAA